GCCAAUAGGCAAGUGGAGUCAUCCAAUAAGCUAAUCUUGCGAGGUCUGAAAAGAAGGUUGAAGAAGCAAAGGGAGGAUGGAUCGCAGAGCUCCCCCAUGUCUUAUGGGCGCACCGCACAAACUACAAGCAAGCCACCUGAGAGACGCCAUUUGCUCUGACAUAUGGUCCGAAAGCGGUCGCACCAACCGAAUUGGUCCUGCCAUCACUCCGCGUCCAAGCCUAUGACUCAGAAGAUAAUCACAUGAACCUUCUCCACCAGUUGGACAUGAUUGAAACAAGGAGGGACGUUGCGCUAGUCAGAACCCUGGAAGGGCAGCUGAAGACAGCAAAGGCGUACAACGCCAAGGUGAAACCCAGGCCACUGGAGGAGGGUGACAUGGUUCUAAAAAGGAACUUUGAGCAGAAGGAAGGGCAUGAAAAGUUGGCGGCCGCAUGGGAGGGACCAUACCUCGUUGGAGAAAAGUUGGGACCAACAACAUAUAUACUUGCCACAAUGGAGGGAAAGCCAAUGGCGAAGACCUGGAGUGCCAUUCACCUGAAGAAGUAUUUCGGAGAGUGAUCCAAAGGAGGAGGCCGCUGACUACCAAGUCUUUUGAAUGAUAGGCGUGUAUUGACAGCAAACGGCUACUUUUGGGGAGAAAUCCCAUGUAAAGCCACCACCACCAGAAGUGGUGGCCCUUAAUUUCAAAUUAUGAACAACGCCGCUGAGCGUUCAUUUUCUCACCUCUCCCAAGGGUUGGAGACCAAAAUUUUUUCAAACAAUCUAAAAACCGCCACGGAGCGAUGAAUCUGAAAUCUAACCUAGAACAUAAUUUAACCGCCUCGGAGCGUAACGCUUCAAAGCAAAGUGCCAAAUUGUCAACCGCUCCUAAGCAUUGCAAUCAAAAUACCCAACUGCCACAAGUCGAAACCGCCUCAGAGCGUGACAUUUCUAAGCGUCGUGGUCGAUAUAAAGCGGCCACGAGUCAAAACCGCCUCAGAGCCUGCACAAGGUUAUCAACCGUUCCUAAGCGUGGUAAUCGAAAUAUGUAACCACCAUAUAUAUAACGCAUCGUCCGCUUACGAAAGAUAGGCAAAAUUUAGCCAUGCAUGAAGAUAAAAAAAAAAGAAAUAAACAUUUCACAAAGAG